AUGGCCCCGUUGGCUCCGGAGGAGUUGUUGUCCGGCCCGGCCGCUGGGGUCACCAAAGCACAGGAGCUCCCGGUCUCCCAGGCCCUAGUGACGACGUCGUCUCCUCCUCCUGCUGCGCCACUGCUUCCAGGUCCUUCUGCCUCCCCUGAUGUCUUGGAGCGUGCUCUUCUUGAGAUGACCCGGCGGCGAGAGGAUCUUCAAGGCCCCGACCGCCACCUGCCGGCCAGUCGCCUGGAGCUGGCCACGGCGGCCUCCGAGAAGGAGAAGCAGGCCACCGCCCAAGCUGCAGCUGCUCGUGAAGUGGCGCUGAGGGAUGCCGAAGCCGCCCACGUUCGUUGCCAGGGGCUGGAGGCCGAGCUGAAGGCCCUGCGUGACAAGUGUGCGGAAGAGGCUCGUGGCCGCGAGGUGGAGGAGGAGAAGAUGAAGGCCCAAGAAGACGCCAUCAAGGAUCGCGACGCCGAGCUGGGAGAAUUGGCGAAGGCGCAGGCCGCUGAACGCAGUCGGCUGGAGGAGCUGGAGUGGAAGGUGGAGGUGGAGAAAGCCAGUCUUGACGCCAAGGCGAAGGUCCUGGCCGAGGACCGCACAGCCUUCACGCUUCUCGAGGAGAGGUCCAGCGUGGCACUGAAGGCACUGUGGUUAGACAACCUGCACUGA